AGGAAAGCUGGGCGAGUAGUGGGAGAGGCGCCACAGCCAGCACCGCAGGCUUCCCUCUGAAAUAGCGGCGGCAUCCAGCCAGACAUACCCACGCGCCAUGCACCCCCUUCCAGCGCCCCGCCCCGCCUCUAUCGCGCACUGCCGACCCUCUCUUUCUGCCAGCGAUGAAAUUGGCCCCUCUGUAGGCACGGCGGGCCGCGCAUGCGCAUCCUCUGCGCACCCGCGCUCUCGCAAUGCGCCGCCACUGGCUCCGCCAACUAAGACCGCCCGCGUCGGUGGAAACAGCGGGGCGGGGAGGCUUUGCGGGGAUGGGGAGUGGCGGAACAAGGCUUUAGCAGUGACACGUGGCACCAAUGAAUCGCAAACACGUCGGCGGCGUGGGACGCGAUGCAGCAUGUCCUCCCCCGCCCAGCGCCCCUACGUGACGGUGUUGAUAGUGCCCACGGGCGUGGGCGCGGAGAUCGGCGGGUUCGCGGGGGACGCGCUGCCGGUGGCGCGCGCGUUCAGCGGCGUGGCGGACUGUCUGAUCGCGCACCCCAACGUGCUCAACGGCGCAAUGCUCUACUGGCCGCUGCCGCGCGCGCUGUACGUGGAGGGCCACGCGCUGGACCGGUUCGCGCGCGGGGAGUGGGGGCUGCAGCCGGCGCACGGCAACCGCGUGGGGCUGGUGUUCGACCAGGCCGUGGAGGACCACCUCCUCCUGCGCCACCUGCAGGUGGCAGACGCAGCGAGAGCCACCCUGGGGAUCGACAUCGUGGGGUACACCGUCACUGACCGCCCUCUCAAGGUGCACAAGUGGGUGGACAUGGCAACGGGCGCGUCCACGGGGCGGAUAGACGAGGCUGACUCGCUGCUGCGCGCCGUGCAGACGCUGCUCGAUGCGCCCCUCGCGGUGCACCCGCCCUCCCACGCACACCCGCUCUCCCCCGCAUCCCCCCCUGCGCGUGCGGGCGGCGGCGUGGACGCGGUGGGCAUCGUGGCGCGCUUCCCCGACGACGGGCUGGAGGCGCUGCAGCAGUACCGCGAGGGGCAGGGCGUGGACGUGCUGGGCGGCGUGGAGGCCGUCAUCAGCCACCUCGUCGUCAGCCACUUCCAGCUGCCUGCCGCCCACGCUCCCGCCCUGGCGCCGCUGCCACUGCUGCCGUCCAUCGCCCCACGCUCUGCCGCUGAAGAAAUCGGGCACACCUUCCUCCCCUGUGUGCUCGCUGGCCUCUCCCGCGCCCCUCGCCUCAUCUCCCGACAUGCACCUCCCACGGCUGCAGGGGAGGGGCGCAGGGAGGAGGUUGAGGGAAGAGGGCAGGAGAGGGUGGAGAAUCUUAGCAGCAUUCCGACCAGCAUUGAUGCGACUUGGGACUACACUAGAGAUGUUGGCAGUGGCAUCAGCAGCAUCAGCAGCAGCAGCGGUGGCAGCGGUGGCAGCGGGGUGGUGUGGGCGGAGGACGUGGACUGUGUGGUGCUGCCCGUGGACGCCUUUGGGGGCCACGCAGCACAGGCUCUUGCACACCGACAGGGCGGCGCACCUCUCUUCAUCGCCGUGGAGGAGAACUCAACCGUCAUGGACGACCCGCCCUCAAAGUUUGCUAUCCCUGCUGUGGUGGUGCGCAACUACUGGGAGGCGCUGGGCGUGAUGGCAGCGCACAAGGCGGGGGUCAGCCCGUGGGCGCUGCGGCGCCACGCCGUCUCGCACAUCCCACGCAUCCACCCCACCCCACCUUGAUGCCUGCCAGGGCCCUUGAGGCAAGGGCAGUGCUGAUAGCGGUAGCAGUGUGCUGGUUCAGGCCAGCUGCAGUGUGCUGGUUCAGGCCAGCUGCAGUGUCAGGCGGAUGAGCCUCGGUCAUCAGCGACAGGUUACUGCUGGCUCCACCAUGCCCUCCAAGCUGGCGUCAGAAGCUGACGUGUGUGAUUUCCUAUGUAGCCUUUGCAAUGGUGCAUCUUGGUUGGUACGGUGCUACGGUAUCUGACAAGCAUAGGCUGCCUGUGAUCUGUCUGCACGGCACAUGGACAUGCCAGCCGGUGCAUGGCACUCAUGCGGCUGCCCUGCAUGCAACCAGAGUGGGAUUGAUGAAGCACGAAGACAGAAGCAUGCGACAAGGAGCCCCCCUUCCCCCUCCCCCCACUCCCCCCCCCCUCCCCACCGCUGGGGCCAAUGUUGAACAUGUGUGCCGUCUGCACCAGGGAAGUGUUAGAGUACAUAUAUAUCUAUAUGCUAGGUGUAUAUGAACUAUAGCCUCUGUGCUUGCCCUUGUUCCAAUCAACUGA